AUGCAUCCGAGUCGUUUCAUCAUCAACGAAUACCGAGGCCACUUUGGCGUCCUGGAUGCCCUUGGUCUCCGUUACAGAGACAAUAGGCUCUACCGCGCCGGGGACAGAAAGAAAGGCGGCCAUGAACUAGAUGGCGAUCACCGUGCAUCGCGGCCAGGCGGUCGUUUCUUGAACAGUCCUACAGACCUUGGUCUGUUUGAGAAGUUCGAUCUUGCCGACAACAUUCGAAAAUGGGUAAAGACAGAGGACCCUAAGCUCAACCGAGGUAUCCAGCCAGAAGCGAUCAAUAUCAACGCAGAGGACCGGACGAACUUCUUUAAUGUACUCUUCAAAGACUGGUCAAGCGCUGCAGAUAUCGAAGAUAUGCCAUCCAAGCCUCAAGACAGAAACAAAGACGACACUCGCAUCCUCAUCGGCAAGUGGUCCCAAACUUUGCCAACGUCCAAGAGCAAGAGAAAGAGAGACGAGGAUGGGGAGUCGCCUACCAAAAGGCGCAAGAGAGAUGACGUGCGACGUCUGCACAAGCCAGCAUACUUCGGAGUCGGCAUAUCCUCCGGCAAAGGCGAGGACAAGGUCACAUUCGACGUGAAAGAUGAGAGCAACCAGAUCGCCGCCGCCUAG